AAGGAUUUGUCCGUAUGUAUCACAUUCUGUAGCGAUGAAGAGAUCAGACUGUAAGGCAGACAUGUGAGAGAUGAGAGGAUCCUAUAAACGUUGUAGAAACUCUGAUCUCUAAUUUCUCUUUCUUAAUAUAUAUAUAUAUAUAUAUAGAAGAAAAACCGUAGGGCAAGAGGAGAAGAAGCUAAAAAUUUGAAGGAUGGUUUCGAGGGAAUACAAGAGAGAUUCCUCUCUUCGUGAAAAGUUUCAAUUGCUUCGUUCAAUCACUAACUCUAAUGCUGAAAGUGAAACCUCGAUCAUAGUGGAUGCAUCAAAAUAUAUCAAAAAGCUUAAGCAGAAAGUUGAACAAAUCAACAAUGAGACCACGUCUGAGAAAUAUUUCUGUGAUCCUACCGGUCACAUGGUUACAGUGGAAACCCUAGAGAAGGGAUUCAUGAUAAAAGUAAUGUCAGGGAAGAAUGAGGCAGGCUUGUUGGUUUGUGUUCUUGAAGCCUUUGAGGAUCUUGGACUUGAGGUUGUUGAAGCUAGGGUUUCAUGUAUGGACUCAUUUAGCUUGCAUGCCAUUGGUUCAUCAAAUAAUUUCAAUCUCCCAGAAUGAUGAUUGUGAAAGCAUGGAUGGUGAAUCGGUGAAACAGGCAGUUGCAGUGGCAAUCAGGACCUGGAGUGAUAGCCAUGAUCCAAAAGGGUAAAGAAAGAUAAAGUGUUUAUGAUUAUCUCUCUCUAUAUGUAUACAUUUGUUGGACCUAAAAAGGGAUUUUAGUUAGACACACAAUCAAGAAGAAUCAAUUGUAUGUCUCUCUCAAUCAAAAUUUCUAAUGAAAAAUAUUCCUUCGGCA